AUGGCUUAUUACCAGCAGCAGAAUCAAAAUCCGCAGAACUUACAAUUCUACCAAUCCAACUACGCAUAUCAGCAACCCAGCCAGGGAGGAUUGGCAUCGGGCCCCGGUGGCCAGAAUAUUGGCAUGGGUGGAGCUUCUGGUGCCCUCGGAACGAUGGACAGCACAUUUGGUGCCAAUAUCAACGUCUCUGGGGAGAUGGGUGGUGGGGAAUUGACCCCUGGAUUGCUAGCUGCUUUCGGUACCAGUGGGUACGCCAACGAGCCACCGUUAUUGGAAGAGUUGGGGAUCAACUUCGCUCACAUCAAGCUGAAGACCUUGGCAGUAUUAAACCCAUUCAAUAGAAAUGCCACCUCAGACUACAUGAUUCCAGACGCCGACUUAGCAGGACCUAUACUCUUCGUGUUGUUGUUUGGUACGUUGUUGUUGUUGGCGGGCAAGGUCCAGUUCGGUUACAUCUAUGGGGUUGGGUUAUUUGGAACCAUCAGUUUGCAUUACCUCUUCAAGUUGAUGAGCACAGAGAUAUAUAUAGACUUGGCCAGAUCUGCUUCCGUGAUAGGAUACUGUUUGUUGCCAUUGGUGUUUAUCAGUGUAAUUGGAGUGUUCGUUACUUUAGAUAACCUAAUCGGUUACAUAAUAAGUGCCAUCGCUGUUUUCUGGUGCACAUACUCUGCAUCGGGAUUUUUCGUUGCAGUGUUGAAAUUGCACAACGUAAGACCGUUGAUUGCUUACCCAUUAGCCAUGUUCUACUCGGUGUUUGCGUUGAUGGCGAUUUUUGUUGAGAAGACGGAGUUGUAG